AUGGCUUCCCCGAUUUGGUGGCUUUCCGUCGCUCUUUAUACAGGCCUUGGACAAGCCGUUUCAGGUUCAAGUUCCAGCAGCACGACCAGCCAAGUAACCUGUACCGACACAACUGUUUCUACAAAUCUUCUCUCCAAUCCAUCCUGGGAGGACGGCACGUCUUCAUGGACAUACAGCUUUGCAGCCUCGACGACGACCCUACAAGAAACCGAUGGCUCUCAUGCGCUGUAUGAAUAUCCGCACCGGAUGAAGUUGGCUCAUAUAACUUGUAAUAUUUACCUCUACCACGACGCUCUCACCACGGCCAACCUCAUCGAAUACAAAGCUGGAACGUCUUACAACAGGUACAGCCAAUGGUCCACUGUGAGCGGCCCAUUCACUGCGACAAGCAGUAGUGCUUUGUUUGGCUUUUACGCGGUUUGUUCACCAUAUCACACCAACAACAUAUUCAACCUCUACUUGGAUAACGCCAAAUUGAUUGCUGAAACAACCACACAAGUUUGCACUACUGCAACACCAACGUCGAUAUCUACUUCGACAUCUACUUCGACAUCUACUUCGAUAUCCACAUCAUUACCAAAGCCAUCAAGCGCGGCUUCUAGCAUUGCUUCCUCGUCAAUUAUUGGUCAUUCAAGCUCAGCUGCAUUGACACCAACAAGCAAACCUCUUAUACCCAGCUCCUCGUCCGUAUUAUCAUCGUCAAUCUCUACGCAAACACCCUCUGUCUCAUCCCUAGCAAAGCCUCACACUCCGACUACCACCCCUGUGACUUCAAGCACAGCUGUGUUGUCAGUGUCAAGUCAGUCUAUCGGACACAGCUCUAGUUCUGUCAAACCAUCAACUCCUUCAAUCCCAACAGGAUCAACGUCUCUCACAGCAACCACAUCUACCCAGACAAGCACGGUGUUGCAAUCUACCUCUCCAAUCUCAAAUCCAUCAGGCAUUUCGAUCUUUAGUCCAUCAACUAUUUCAUCUGUUCCCUCGUCCUCUUCCGCGGUCGCUCCUGUCUCCACGACCGUCACUUCGACAGAAUCAAACCAACAACGCACUACGACAAGUCCUCUGGGACCUGCUUCGACACCUUCUUCGCCUGUUGAUCUCCCCCCGACGACAUCUUCCGGCCAUACCACAACUACCAGUGUUGCUUUGACAACUUCUACCAUCUACAGCACCCGUACCUCCACCAUCACCGCCUGUCCUUCAAAUGUCGCAGAUUGUCCAGCACGGUCACAAACCACAUAUGUUACAAUUGAGACGAUCUACGUAACGACUACAAUCUGUCCCGUAUCUGGAAAUGAACCUACUGCGCAGGCUGCUUCUACCGGAGUCCCUCAGGAUAUCUCACAGCCUAGUGAACGAUACACGACAUUGACCGUUUUCACCCCUCACACAGUCACCGCAACUGCCUGUCUAUCGGGCGGCAACGACUGUCCAGGCUCCGUAAGAACCACAUUCGUUACCACCGAGCUGGCGGCAUCAACUACCGUUUUCGUGGUUACCGAGAAGGAAACUUCCCUCCCGACGGACAGCCCCGUAAUUUCCGUCUCCGUGUCACCAAUCCUCAGUACCCGCACAGCUACAAUAACUUCCUGCCCUCCUGAAGUAACUGGCUGUUCUGCCAACCCAGCUGCUCCCCAGGUCGUGACGGAAACGCUGCUCGUCGGCGAGUCUAUAUGCACGUUGUCUGAAAUUGCAACUGCCACGUAUUCUGCUCAUACUCAGAUUGUAUCAACUCCUUCGUCCCGCAUGUCUUCUUCUGUUCCCGUGAGCCAUACUACUCAAGCUCUUUCCUCUAACGCAGAAGAGCAUUCGAAGAAUAGCGGAAGCAAAACUACACUCUCUAUUUCCACUACUCUGCCAUAUUCCUCGACCUCUACUGGCACAUCCAAUGUACCAGCAUUCAAUGGUGGUGAAUCGUUGGGUCGUCCAAUGGGCUUGGCUCAGGUCAUUGUCUCGGUUGCCAUCGCAGGUCUUGCGCUCUUGGCUCUAGAUUAG